AUGCCGCGACUUCAGCCGCGCCCCAAGGCCGUCGCGACAUCGAAUCUAACACCUGCCUCGGCCUCAUCUACACCUGGACCCUCAAUAUCGAAAGACCCCUUCUUAAAAGCCGAGUCCCCAACCUCCCGGCCGACCGGCGGUCGGGAGCCAGCAGAUCCAGUCUCGCAGCGUGCGACGCUCUUCCUAAUCCGCCGUACCCUAUGUACACACUUGGGUGAUAAGGGCCGUAGCACCCCAGCGCCAAUUAAUGAGAUACUACCACCGCUCACGAGUAGCAAUGAGGUGGAUGUAGAGCUUUACGCUUUCAUAGCUAUCAUAGUCAGGGAAUUUGUGCAGACGUGGUAUUCAAAGAUUACACCGGAUCCAUACUUCGUGGAGGAGGUUGUGAAGAUAAUAGCACAUUGCACAAGAGCUUUGGAGCAGAGGCUUAGGAAAGUUGAUCUGGAAAGUUUACUGUUCGAUGAGCUGCCGGAUUUGUUAGAGACACAUGUGCAAGCAUAUCGAACUGCGAAUUACUCUACACAUCCAUCGCCGCUUGGAGGAGAACCGCGGAAAAUAUAUCACUCCCUAUGGCCUUUUCCUGCGUUGGCGCCAGUUCCGGACGAUAAUGCCUUCGUACAGCAACAACUGAACAAUGAGGCGCACUAUAGGCAAUUACUGGUACAUGGAAUACUAGCCGUCCUAUUGCCAACUGAAGAUCUGGAAAAUGAUUGCUUGACCACGUUAGUAGGACAAAUAGUCUCUGAAAUGAUAUUGGGUGGCGGUAUUGGCGGGAAAGCUUCUGAGCCGUGGCUAUUAUGGGAAGGUAUUACGAAAGUUUCGGAGGUCAUCCAAGACCAUCUGCCAAAGUCAAAGGCCAAAGUUCGUCAUGACAGGUCAAAAUCGCAAUCCUUGAGCCAGCCGCCCGUGGAUGUUACUGGAGGUACCGAGAAGAGAUGGAGAAUUGGAACGUCUAUCCAGAGGACGUUUUGGCUAAUCCUCCAAUAUGCGUUUCUCACAUUCACGACUAUACGCUUUUUGAUUAUUACCAUUGCGACAUCACCCUCGCUCCCGUCUCGUAUUACAGCCACGAAUAAGCCGCCUAGCUUGAUACAAUCUCAAGAGCAUACGGGAGAGCCGAAGUUGACCACUGACAGAGUGUCAGAUGGCUCGAACCGACCAGUAAAACGGCCUAUCAUCAAGAUGAAGCUAUGGUCUUGUUUCUCUAGCCUAUUUGAUCUCGAUUUUCGGAUGCCGUGGCUUUACGGGAUGGUAUCGAUACUUCAAUGGGGCGCACUUGCUGGUCCUGGGGAAGUGGGGAAUAUUGAUGGGAUGCUUGAUAAAAUACUCUCCCAUGCAGUCCAGACACAUGUCCUAGAUCCUUCGCUCUUGCCACUACUGCUGCGGACCGCUCGCUCAGCGCUCUUCCCCAACAAUACUCUAGCGCCCUCACGCACAAUACCCUCUUCCGCCGAACAACUCCUCAUUCGACGCCGAUGCGCCGAAGCCAUCUUAUCGCUCUUGCCGGCCAAGAUCCAGGACAUAUAUUUCGGCGCUGGUAUAGAGCGGAGGGUUGGGGAGAUUGAGGAGGUGCUUAAUGUUUUCAGUGACAGCUAUUGCAAUAAACAUCUCCUUUACGGUGUCGUGGAGUUAAUCGUAGUUCGCUUAAUACCCGAACUGGACCAUAAAGGGGUGGAUGAGCUUCUGGAGGAGAGAUUGAGCUAG